AGCCAUUUUGACUCUAGCCGCGUCGCGCGCCCCACCAUCUUGGCUCAUCCAGGCUUGGGAUGGCUCGCUACGUUACUGAGUUGCGGCAUCGCCUCGAGUGAUGGUUCAUAAACAUUCGGCUGAACGGCUCCGUGACCGACGCCUUCGCGCUCGUCUUUAGGGCUAUUUGCUACUUCGUGGUCGCUGCACUAUCGAAGUUGACUCUCGCAUUCGACAGCCAGCCCAAGAUGUGUUGCGUUCUAUGGAAAUGCAUGUUCGGCAUGACGAGUUGAAUCCUGUUCCGCACCACCAUGCUCGCCUGGCUUCAUUGGCAGCUCGGGAGCAGCUGUCUGCAGCUGAGUUUGCCAUGUCGCAGCGCGUCCACAAGUCUGCUGGCAGGGCCAAACACAAUGUGAGUAGGAUCGCGAUGCACGCCGCCGCCCAGAGUGGUGCCCCCCGUGCUCGUGAUGACCAGUUGUCUUUUGUUGCUUCGUCAGUCCCGUCUGCAGACGCACCUGCUCAGCCUUGUGGAAGGCUUCUCGCUCGGAGGUGGCGGCAUGGUCAGACACGGCUUCGGCGAGAUGCUGCUGUAUUUCACCCCUCGGAGGUGGGUUGCAUUCCCACGCUUUGGGCGCAUGAACUUUCUGAGGACCUCUGUGACCACGGUGUGUGCUGGGCCGACGGGCUAGAGGGCGACACGUCAUGGUCUUUCUGCAGCUCUCCCGCGUUUACUUUACCUCCGUAUGUUCCCAGUGUGUGUGACGAUGACUUGUUUCUUUUCAACUGUUAUGAUGCGGGUGCUCUUGGUUCAGCCGCUCAGCAUAUUGAAUAUUGCCGCCGCAUCUCUCACGAGACACACCUGUGGCUCGCCGCCAUUGAGCAGAAGUCCGAGAAGCAGUUUCAGUGGAUGCGGGAGCUAGAAGAUAUGAUAUCUACUAUUGUUCCGAUUGGCUCUCUGGUCCAACUCCGCGAGCGCUCGGACAAGGCUUUGCACGACCUCGAGGAGCAGUCCGUGGAGGCCGUCCAGCUCUUGGAUUAUAAAAUCCAGGCGCUCCGUGAGGAGGUCGUGGGCUCUCAGCGUUUGGUUGUUGACAAGGUUGAUUGCCGUUUCAGCCGUAUCCCAGAUCUGGCGCGGUUCGAGGCCAAAGCUGUGUCUGUUGCUGAUGCGCUUCGCACCGAUCAUGCCCGGGUGGAGGCAGCCAUUCGCCUGCGCAGAGACCACAUCGAGUCCUUCGUCCAAUCGGGUGUUGCGGAAUGCCGCAGCGUGCUUGCUGCGGAGACCUCCAAGCUCAAGGCGAUGGUGGUUGACCCCUCGGCGGCCACGGUCGAACGGUGGGUUCGGCGGCCCCUCGAUCGUCUAUGGGAUGACUGUCAGCUUCUCGUGGACUCGCAUUGCUCCAAGGUGAAGGACUUCUUGUCGUCCACGCGCGAGUUGAUUCUGAUGGAGUCCCACGCCGUGUUUCAUGGCUUCUCCGCAGAUGUGCCGGCGCUGCGGGACUCCGCCGCGCUGGUGCAGGAUUUCAGGGGUUCCCUUUCUUUGACUUCGGACCUGAAGGUUCAGGUCGUUGCCCACGAGCAGGCCCUUCAUGAACUGGCCGCCCUGGCGGGCUCUGUUGUUUCUCAGAAUACUGAUAUGAUUUCGAACGCGGUCGACUCGACCUUCAAGCAGCUCGUGGAGUCUGACAUCAUGUGUACUGCCGUGCGUGCCGAGCUGGCUCGGUCGGCGGUUCGUGAUGUUUCUGGCCGUGAUCGUGUCCGCGUCGGCGGUCUCGUGCCUGCUGCCGCUGCUUCUUCGUCCUCUUCGGGCUCGCUCCUUGAUGACGACGAAUGGUGCGGCGUCUGUGGUGGCCGCAGAUCUCACGCGUUCUCCAGGCUGCCUUGCGCCUGCUUGCUCGAGGAGGAGGGGAACUGGUCGACUUGACGGUGGUCACAUCGUGUGCUGCCCCGUCUACUCCCUCGCUCUGCUGCCUCCUCGCCUUUUGUGGUGCAGGAGCACGGCGUCGGGUUGCAUUGCGAUUGGAGCCAGUUUGUGAUCACCCCCAUGGGCUCCUCGGCGUUGCUCUUCCUUGUGCUGUGGUGGGACUUCCCUGUCAUGCGCUCCCUGGGCCGCGUCCCUGGGGUAUUUCUGCUAUUCGCGUUGACUGUCGCCUUCCGCGGUUUCGGUUCGGCUCGCGCCGUGGGCGGCGGAUCUGUGUAGAUUAACCAAUCAAGACAUGAUUUUUCUUUUACGCUGGGCUCCUUCUCCUCCUCCUCCUCCUCCUCCUCCUCCUCUUCCUCCUCCUCCUCUAUGCUCGUCGUCUGCUGCCGUUCGCGAGCUUCGUGAUCUUGCUGAAGUGCUUGCUCAUUGGGCCUCGGACUGGCUCCCCGACCUUUACAUCGCCAACUGGGACCACACGCUGCGCCGCGGCAGCGACUGGAUGGACUGAUGCGAACAACGUGCUCGCCGACAUCUUCGCCGAUGGAGCAUGCGCACUCUGUUCGCCGCCUCCUCGGAAGACGACCUCCGCCGCCGCGCUCGCCACAUAUGCCGACAGGCCUGGCACGAUUCGGAUGCCGAUCGCCGUGGCAGGGCGAACUACAUGGCGAGGGCCCCCCGCACGUCUGAUAUGCAGGCGGUGCUCAACCUUGCUGCUGAAGAACACCGUCUCCGCCGCCAAUGGAUACACAUGGCCGACGUCGUCUCCGACCCGUCCGACACCACCUCCAUCGAGGAGAUCGACAAACAGCUGCAUCCAGACGCCAUCUCGUUCAAUGGCCUGACCGCCAUGUACCAGCCCCCGAACAACGUCAAGAUCCACUGGCGGCGCACGCGAGCAGAGAUCGCCCGCAUGCCCCCAUCGCGUUUCUGGCCCACGAUGAAGACUUUGGCAAGCGCACGGUCGACGUCGUACCGUCUCCACGUUCAACCUGAACGGCGCCCUUGCAUCUACGGGUGCAACGCGAAGCACGCAACGGACAGCAUCUCGCACUACCUCAUUUGCCCGAGGCAGUGGCACGCGCUGGCGUACCCCAGGGGCCGCCUCUCGAACUGCCUCUUUGCCCGCCUCGGGCUGCACGACAGCUGCCACUCCGUCGCCCCCAGCGACGAGAAGCACGUCUCCCACGCGAUGGUCCGCUUGGCAGUCGCAUACCGCAUGUACCACACGUACAAGGACUCCAGGCCUCCUACGACGAUGUGAACGCGUUCGAGGCUGCGAGUUACUCGCAUCUGAAUGAAGCACGUGCCGCCGCGCGUCUGGCCCUUCGGCUCGGCGCCUCGCAGCACGGAAGCCGAGGCGCGGGCCCGCCGCCCG